UAUGACUCAGUCUCGUUCCAUCGUUGUCGAAGCUCUGACAAUAAUGGAUGCGCACACAACCAUGUUUGAACGCAAAAGUGGCUAUACGAUUUCGCCAUGUGGCACUUUUUUCUUGGGCAUUUUCUUUCUCAUCAGCUUGGUUGGCGUGGGUUUAUUGGUGUAUUAUUUUGCACCUUGUCGCGAGGAGAAACAACUUCAGGCAUCUGAUGGUGAUUCGUUUUUAAAUUUUUCGAUAUCGAUAAAGAAAAAUUAUGUCAAAUUAUCGAAAGCUGUCGUACCCGAUUUGUACGAAUUAUGGCUGAUACCUUUUAUAUGGGAGGGUAACUUCACUUUUCAUGGCGAGGUCAAAAUUUUAGUAAACGUGACAGAGGAUACGAACAAUGUUACGCUGCACGCCUUUUGUAUAAAGAUCGAUGAAAACUUUACGCAUAUCGUUGAGUACUCGGCUAAUAACAAGAAUAACAAGACCGUAAUCAAGAUCGCGGAGCAAAAAAACGACAUCGACAAGCAAUUUCACGUGAUUAAAACAUCGAACACGUUGAAAAAAGGCAAUCAAUACGUCGUGCAUCUCAAGUUCAUUGGCUAUUUGAAUGACAAUCUGCACGGUUUCUAUAGGAGCUCGUAUAUGGUCGGCAAUCAGACGAGAUGGAUUGCUACGACUCAGUUUGAACCAACGGAUGCGCGCCGUGCUUUUCCAUGUUUCGACGAACCGGCUUUGAAAGCCAAAUUCCAAAUUAACCUAGCGCGUCCCAGAAACAUGACAUCCAUUUCGAAUAUGCCCCGAAUAGGGAAACGGACGCCAGUGUGAGUAACUGUGUCAUAUUUUCGCAUUAACGUGGUUGCGUCGUUUCAUGAAUUUGAUUCGUAUCUUUGGAAUAUCUUGGAAUAAUUUGGAGUAAACGUAAAA